ACUGGCCAGAUAACCCUUGACAACGCAAGCAAUUGCGGGACGAUGAUGGCAGAAUUAGAGCGUAAAUUCACGGUUGUUAACAUACCGUUUCAUCGUGACGGAAACCGCGUACGUCUCCCAGAUGAUACUGACCCCGCUGUUCGGAAAGAAUGGGAACGUUACCGAGACGCUCUCUCGGGUGAUCCACUUGGCCGCACCCGCAAGCUUGUAGGAGACUGCCGUAGCUCUGGCCAGCGCCGUGCUGGACUACAGCAUUCCAUCCAUGAAGGCAAUCGAACCAAGUCAUGGCCCCAAAGGGCAUUCGACGAAGGUUCUAUGGCUGAUGACCUGCAAACCGGAGGCGAGCUUCCGGAGGUUCAGCUUCUACGGGACUGCGAGACGCGAUGGUCAGCAACAUUUCUCAUGAUCUUUCGUCUGCUUGUGCUAUAUCCGGCUGUCGCACGUUUCUUCAUCGAGAAUGAGCUCGAUCUCGCUCAUUUACUCGACGAGCAUGAGAGGCGGGUCCUCCGAGAUAUUUACCUUAUUCUCCGGUACCCUCACGCUGCACAAGAGAUCCUUUCUGCUGAGAAGACACCCACCCUCUCGCUUGCCCUUCCGUGUUACGAACUGCUCAUCGACGGCUGGGAGGACCUUCGUACUCAACUCCCACACCUGAUCACUUACAUCAACGUUGGGAUUUCAAAACUAAAAGAGUACCUAUUGUACUCACGCCGGUCUCGUAUCUAUGCUCUGGCGAUGAUCCUGAACCCCGGCAUGAAGCUCGAGUGGAUCAAUGAACAUUGGACCGCCAACGAGUCAGCACAGGCUCGUUCAUGGAUGAUUGACGCCAUGCUGGAAUAUUGUCGUGAGAGCCGUCGUGCAAGCGCACCCACAUCAAAAAAUGCGGAGCCACUUCGCCGUAGCAGCUCUUUGUCUGAUUCCAUCACUAACUCGGCGGUUGCGGCUCAGACAAGAGGCUUCAAUCGUCUUCUGAACCUCUCGAAAAGGCCGGCAUCAAGCCGUGGUUCUCCGACGAUGUCUUGCUUGUCACUGUUCUCGAGUUCAUCCUCGCCCUCACCCUUGCCCAGUGCUGCCGAUCUUGAGCAGCAAGAAGAGACAUGCCGUAGGCAAGACAAGAGCCUUGUUGAAGAGGAGAUGCGCCGGUAUGAACAGCUAGGGGUCACAACAUCCGAUCUGGAACGCUCAACUACAAGCGACCUGAUCACGUUCUGGGAUGCACACCAGAAUGCCUUCCCUCACCUGUUCAAGGUUGCCCUUGAUGUUCUCCCCGUACAAGCAUCUGCUGUUCCAUCACUGCUGGUGACUACUGUCGUCAAACGUACACACUCAUUUGUGGUUUUCACGCUAUACAUAAGGCCCCUUAACUUCCUCGACAUCAUUCAUCCCCCUUCCGCCAUGACAUGA